AAUUCAAUUAUCUCCUUUUAAAGACUGAACUGGAAAAUAUUGAAGUGACACAAGGAAUGUCAGCAGAGACAGCAGUAACGUUUCUCAGCCGUCUGAUGGCAAUGGUUGACGUUCUAGUAUUUGCCAGUUCUCUAAAUUUUAGUGAGAUUGAAGCUGAAAAAACAUGUCUUCUGGAGGUCUAAUGCGACAGUGCCUGAGGCUGGUUUGUUGCGUGGCUGUGAGAAACUGUUUAGAGUGUCGGCAAAGGCAGAGAGAGAGAGUAAACAAGACUUCAUUAAUCAGCAGUAAAGCUCAGGAUGUUCUUCAGAGUGUAACUGCUUCAGCAACAACCAAGACUCCCCUUGAAAACGUCCCUGGCAAUCUUUCUCCCAUAAAAGACCCUGAUCGGCUUCUUCAGGAUGUUGAUAUCAAUCGUCUACGAGCAGUUGUUUUUCGUGAUGUGGACGACAGCAAACAGGCUCAGUUCUUAGCUUUGGCAGUAGUCUACUUUAUUUCAGUUCUGAUGGUCUCCAAAUACCGUGAUAUACUAGAACCACAACGAGAAACAGCAAGAUCUGGGAGCCAGGCAGGUAGAAAUAUCAGACAAGAAAUAAAUUCACCAACAAGUACAGUUGUGGUCAUACCAUCUAUCCCUCACCCAAGUUUGAACCAUGGAUUCCUUGCCAAGUUAAUUCCUGAGCAGAGCUUUGCCCACUCAUUUUACAAAGGUAAUAUUAACAUCAUCUCCUAACCUGUUUGGGUGUUCUUAUUUAAUGUAAUGUAAUUCAAGAAAUAACUGUGAUGUAAUUGUUGAUAAAUAAGUAUACGCCUCAGGUUACAUGGAGAUCAGACCUGAUGACACCUUCAAAACUUUAACUACAUUUCUCUAGGAAACCUCUGUCCCAUUUUUGCUGCAAUUUAUUAACUUUACAUCAUAUGAACUAAAUUUUAUAAAAAAGCAGUGAGGAGGAGAAGGUGGAUUUUGAAAAUUCGACAUACCUUUUGUUUCUGCUUAUACUGCUACAAUUAUUAGGUCCUUAAAAACAAAGUAAGGCCUACUUUAAAAACUACUGCAUACCACAUAAAGUAUGUAGAGCUUUUGCAGUAGCAUCUUUCCCCAUAUCUUUUCCUGUUCUUUUUCUUCCUUUCUUGCCUUUUCUUUUUCUUGCCUUCUUGAUGGUAUGUAAAGCUUUGAUAUUGUAUGUACUGUGAAUUAUUUUAUGCUUGUAAGUUAAUGUGCUGUGCUGUGCUUUUCUUGAAAGAGACCGCUUCUGUACCAGAGCAGCUAUUACAUGUUUUGGGCCUGUUUUUGUUUGUUUGUUUGUUUUGAAUAGUACAAUACAAUGCAGGGAACAUGUUUUUCAAAUGUCAUUAUUUGAAACAAUAUGAUAUCUGACUGUAACUUUAGCAAAGUUUGCAUGUUUAUUUUCCCAUUUACUUGCAUGUACUGUGAAUAAAUAAAUGUGAUAUAGGUUAAAAAUCUGAUGAAAAUGUUCAUGGUGUAAUUUUGCAAAAUCUCAUUGGGUAAAAAUAUUGACUUAUAAAAAGCUGAGGAGAUUUAAAAUUGCAUUCUGUUUAUGAACAGAAAUUGUUAACUUCUCAUUUUACUAAUAAUGUCAUUUAUGUUACGUAUAUCAUAUCCUGUUCUGGAAACAUUAAGUCAAAAGUUUCAUUAGAGCAAAUUAAACAAUCACUAUGUUAAUCUAACAUUUCUUAGAUUUCUACAGAUACAUGUACUUAUAUUAUACACUGCUUUAAAUUCUAAUGACUAGUAAGCCAAAGUUUGUGAUUUUGAUUUAAAAGUCUAUUGUCCACUACAUAAAGGAAAAAAAUAUAUAUUUUUUCCAUUGUUCAAUUUGCUUAUGUCAUAUUCUUUGUUGUGUCAUAGUUAUAUGGGUAUGAUUCAAUACAUCAUUGAUGAUACUGCAGAAUAAUACCCUGUAACAGUUAAAUCCUACUGUCUUAUCUCCUUUUGCCUUUAGAACAUGCUCCUGAAUAGCAGUCAUAGGAUAUUUUAUUUUGGUUACCUUUUUCUUGAAAAUUGGAAUUAUUUAGAAUGCCUCAAAGCCUACAGUUAUUAAAAAGAAUUAAAGUUAAAUUUAACACAAUUUUAAAAAUAUUUGCAAAAUAAGUAUUAUAUUGCUAUUUGUACAAAGCUUGAUAUUUGAAAUAAUGAGUGGCAAAAAGAGAAGUUUUUCUUCUCAUCUAUAUGACAUAAAGUAGAUGAGCAAAAUCAAAAAAAAAUGUCUAAAAGUAGUCUUUUAGAAUAGAAGAGGCAUACAAACUCACCAAAAUAUUUUAGACAAAGCUUUUUUAUUUAGAGAUGUAUCCUCCAUACUAUUGUUCAUAGUACUUACUGUACCUCAAAUUCAAGUGAAAUAGUUUUGUUUGGUUUAGUUCUUUUAAAGGUUCAAUAGAGCUACAGAAAAAGCGUGAGUGAGAUAAAGAAGAAACUGUACUGAAGAAUUUGGCUUUAGGAUCAAAUUAUUUGAUAGAGGAAAUGUUAUCUGUAGCUAGUUAUUUUACCUGUUGAUGUCACUGUAUCCUUCAAGGUUUCAAUCUACAGGGUCUCAACCUCUAAUAUUCAGCUGCUUAUUAAUCUCUAAACUGCACAUGCCAUUAGAGAAGAAAAGUUUCUGCUUUUUAAAUUCUGAACACAGUCCCUCAGUCCUGAAAAGCAUUAGCAGGAACUGGGAAAAAAAAAAGAAAAAAAAAAUUGCCAACACUGUCAGAAGAGGCUUAAAGUCAAAACCUAUUUUGUCAUUUCAAGAAUUUUUCGUUCCAGUGGCUUAGCAAAUCAGUUUACUUUUAUUGAUGUGACAUGCUUCCAGACUUCGGCAGCAAACAUGUAAUACAUGAAAAUUACCACAUAAAGUGCAGUUACAUUUUAAGAUAACUCAACAUAUUAUAAAGCGAUUAUUUUUAUUAUUUAAAAGUCAAUAUAUGUUUUUAAAGCCAAAUCCUUUUUAUUAAAACAUGAAUAAAAAUUCAGUUGCUAUGUGGAAAUAAAGCAUCUAUAUUUUGUUCAUUCUGGAUGACACUAAUUGGAUGUAAAGGAUGCAUUCUUUGUCAGUUCAAUAUAGCAAAUUGUAUUAUUAUUGUUAGAACUGUAUAAGAGUUUUUUGUGAUGGAUCUCUAUGAACUUGGGAAGACUGAUUGGCUGCUUAAAGGAAAAUGAUUUUUAGUAGAUGGAAUCUAUUUAUAAGACCAGAAAACUUGAGUGGUGAGUAGAAUAGGAAUAUUAGUGGCAUUUGAAUAAGAAAAUGAAGUUCUUUUUAGUGAUGGUUUUUUCUUUUACUGUACAGUUGGCAUUAUCUUUUAUUAAAACAUAUCUGAGGCUAUGUGAGACCAUACUUAUCUCAAGGAUAUUACAGUGUGUGAUUGCUAUAUACUUCUUACUUGUAACUGCAGCUGGUGUCAAGCAAAGGUUUUAGGAAUUCUAAAUAACAUUGUACUUGAUGCUGAACAUUUCAUUUCUCAUCAUUUAUAGAUGCUGGCCUUUCCCAAUUUAUACAUGAUUUUAUAUAAAAAUAAAAUGUAGAAUUUACUAAAAAGAAUUUAAAACAUAUUUUGCAGGGAUAUAUAUUCUACCUAUAAAUGUUUGUAGGCAUUAAAAUAAGAAUUUUUUGGUUUGUGAACCAAGUAUUUUUCACAAAAUAUAUGUUAUUUUAUACUGCUUAAAUGAGAAAGGGCACACCCAGGAAGAAGAAGAAAAGUAUAAUUCAACGGUGUCCACUCUACCAUUAUGUCAUUGUGUUGAAUGGCAUACACUUAGCAUUAAAAAAGUUUAAUUUGUUAUAAUGUUCUAUUCUGCUACAUUUUUGUAGGAGAAAAAUGUCACUUUUUGUAGAUUUAUUCUUUGCCGUACGUUUGUCUCAAAUGCUUGCAUUUCUCCUAUCGGUUUCUGAUAAAUGUAAAGGAUCUAUAAUAUUUCUAAAAUAAACAUUGUGGAGUUCGACAAAGUAAA